CCAUUCAUUAUAGAUAGAUAUUCAUCUCUUUGUCUGAAAAUUCGAUCAGUCUCUCUUUUUCUCUCUCCAUGGAAGCUACUGAGUUAUGAUCUGAUCUGACUGUCUUUUAACUGUGAUGUUCUGCUGAGAAACAAAGCAUCUCUAAACUAAUUAAUGGCUGAUCAACUUCCAUCUCCAACACCUAACACCUAUUACCCAUCUGUCUUCUUUAGCUCUCCAAAGUUUAGGUUUUUCUCUCCUAAGAUCACUCAUGUUGACUCCAUCAUCAGCCCUACUUCCACCCUCGAAGCCAACCACCCAUUCCUUUUCUUCUCCUCCUCCAAAAUCCCUAAACCCCAAAGGUUUCUUCACCCACCUGAAGCCUUUGGCCUCGCCGAUCUCGUCAAAAACAGAGACCGCUCCAACAAACCUGUCAACAUGAUGGUCCUUUUCGGGUCAAAGCUCAGAGUCCAGAUACCUUCACCUGAUUUUGGUACUAAAUCCGCUGCUGCUUGCACCAGCCAGCUCAGCCCUUGUCUCAAAACAAAGGUCUUAACUGUGAGCGAGGUUGACCAGACGACGGAGGACUACACUCGCGUCAUAUCUCACGGUCCAAACCCAACCAUCACCCAUAUCUUCGAUAACUCUGUUUUCGUGGAGGCGACUCCUCCUUCCUCUGUUUCUUUGCCACAAGUACCCACGGAGACCAAGAAUAAUUUCUUUAGUUAUUGCUACACUUGCAACAAGAAUCUUGACCAAAAACAUGACAUCUACAUUUACAGAGGAGAAAAAGGGUUUUGCAGCAGCGAGUGCAGGUACCAGGAGAUGCUUCUUGAUCAGAUCGAUGGCUAGCACCACCACCAUUUCUCUCCAUUAUUCUCUGAUUUUUUUCCCUUUUUUCAUUUUUGUCACAAUAAAAUCUACUAUUUGUUGUGUUUUUAUUUUUUUAAUUUUAGUUCUCUUCUUCUUCUUCUUCUUUUUUUUCUUGGUAUUUUGUUAUAAUAACCUUUCUAGCCUGCAGAUGUAUUAAAGAUAGAUAGAGAUAGUUGUGAUCAUUAUUCUUGUGACU